CACACAGUUAGUAGACCAAAGCAUCACAUAAAUUGCUAUACAAUUUGUUUUUAAUUUCAGAAUUUGUAACCUAAUAACUGGCACGAUGACCAACCGAUUCCCUGUAGCUCCUCUAUUAGCCGCGCUCUUGGCAUUGGCAUGCUGGCUCCGGCCAGCGGCGGCGACGGCUGUUCAUGAGGCAGACCGUAUCGACCGGCUGCCUGGACAGCCGGAGGUGAACUUCGCGAUGUACUCUGGGUACGUCACCGUCGACGAGCGCGCCGGGCGGUCACUGUUCUACUGGCUGCAGGAGGUGCCCGCGGAGUCGCAGCCGGCGCCUCUCGUGCUGUGGCUGAACGGCGGGCCCGGGUGCUCUUCCAUCGCCUACGGCGCGUCCGAGGAGCUCGGUGCGUUCCGCAUCCGGCCCGGCGGCGCGUCGCUCUUCCUCAACAAGCAACGGUGGAACAGAGUGGCUAACAUCCUGUUCCUGGACUCGCCGGCCGGCGUCGGGUUCUCAUACACCAACACCACCUCCGACCUCUACAACUCCGGCGACAACAGAACAGCUCAUGAGUCCUACACUUUCCUGGUGAAAUGGUUCGCGAGGUUCCCGCACUACAAGUACCGCGAGUUCUACCUUGCUGGGGAGAGCUACGCAGGGCAUUAUGUUCCGCAGCUGUCCCAGCUUGUGUACCGGAACAACAAAGGCAUCGAGAAACCGUUCAUAAACUUCAAAGGUUUCAUGGUAGGGAACGCGGUGACGGACGACUACCACGACCAGGUCGGCACGUUCGAGUCGUGGUGGAACCACGGGCUGAUCUCCGACGCCACCUACCGGCUGCUGGAGGCCGUAUGCGUGCACGACAACAUCGAGCACACGUCGCCGCCGUGCGACGCCGCGUACGAGACAGCCAUGGCGGAGCAGGGCGACAUCGACCCGUACAGCAUCUACACGCCGACGUGCAACCAGACAUCGUCGUCCACGACGCCGUCGCCGGCGAAGAAGCGCCGGAGGGUAAAGCCAUGGAUGAGGGGUUAUGAUCCAUGCACCGAAAGGCACUCCACGGUGUACUACAACCGGCCGGAGGUGCAGAGGGCUCUGCACGCCAACGUGACCGGCAUAAACUACACAUGGACAACUUGCAGUGAUAUCAUCAACACCAACUGGAGAGAUUCACCAUUCUCUAUGCUUCCUAUCUACCAGGAGCUUAUUGCAGCUGGCCUUAGGAUAUGGGUCUACAGCGGAGAUACGGACUCAGUAGUGCCCUUGACAGCAACAAGAUACUCCAUCGAUGCUCUGGGCCUUUCAACCACCACCAAUUGGUACCCGUGGUAUGAUAACAAAGAGGUCGGUGGAUGGAGCCAAGUGUACAAGGGCUUGACCUUGGUGACUGUUCGUGGCGCGGGGCACGAGGUUCCUCUCCACCGCCCGCGGCAAGCGUUCAUACUGUUUCAGCAUUUCUUGCGAGGGAAACCCAUGCCAAGCGCGCCCAAAAAUGGAACUAUGGCUUAAUUACCAUUCCUUUUCUUGCUAGCAAUAAGGUGAAAUCACACCAUGCGUGUAAGGUGAAAUAACACCAGGUUCCUUUUCUAAGCAUAAAGCAGUUUAUGUAUAUAUCCAGUUAUGUUCUUUACUGUUAAUUUUGAAACAAUUUAAAUAAUGUAACAAAUUAUAUCUAGAGGUUUUGAUCUAAAAAGUAUUACACCUCA